AUGGAGACCGAGCAUUUCGAUUCAGAUUUGUUUAUAGAUGAAAUUCAAAAACGACCAGCGAUCUGGGAUAUGGAAAGUCCCGAUUAUAAGAAUAAAGUGAUUAAAAAACGUAAUUGGGAGGAGCUUGUAGAAAUAUUUUGUGACGCUGGAGAUAGCUUAGAGAAAAAGAAACUGUUGGGUUCUACACUAACAAGAAAAUGGAAAAGUAUUCGAGACAAUUACAUAAGGGAGUCUAAACGGCAAAAAAAUCUUCCAUCUGGGUCUGGAUCCUCCAAACAUGUACCAUAUGUAUACUUCGCAAAACUAAAAUUUCUCGAGAGUUCCGUAGUAAAUAAGGAUACAGAGAACAACUUUGAAACUCCUGCCGUCCUCAACAUCAUCACAACAGUGGUCUGCGACACCACCGGCACCGGCACCACCACCGCCAACGUCGACGUGGGUGCCGUCACCUUCAAGCCAAGAUUCGAACAGCCUUCAUUUAUUUGA